AGAGCAUAAAGAGAAGGUACCCAAGAGAGGAAGGACCCCAUGUUUACAUAGACUACAGACCACUGGUACAGUCCAGUGCCCCGCUUAACCAGAACCGCUGUGACUCGGGUUCUGUCCCGAUGCCUGCGGACACGCUACCUGCUGAAAACCGGGCCGGGUCCAAUCCACUGAUUGGGCAAGAGCACACUGUAAAAACACCUCAUGUUCGUGCACGUUUACAAAGACAGAAGCCUGUCACCUCGGUACAGCCAGCUGCACUGAACGCAAAACUGAACUUGUGCUCCAAGUGUGGGAGGGGCUUCAGCAGAAAAAAAGACCUUGAAGCACAUCAGCGAAUUCAUAUGCUGAGGAAACUUCACUGUUGCACUGAGUGUGGAAAGAAGUAUAGUGGGAAACAUGAGCUUGCAAUGCACCAGCGGUUUCAUACAGGAGAGAGACUAUGCCACUGCUCCUUCUGUGGGAAGAGCUUCACGAGAAAAAGUGCGUUGGAACAACACAAGAGGAGCCAUACAGGAGAGAGACCGCACCGUUGCACCCAGUGUGGGAGGAGCUUCAGCAGGAAAAGUGAACUGAAAUUACACAGGCAAAGACAUGCGGACCUCAAGCCAUAUGUCUGCAGUCAUUGUGGGAAGAGGUUUCUUACUGCAGCUGCUUUACGAGGACACUGGCCAGUGCAUACUGGAGAAAGACCGUAUCAGUGCUCUCAGUGUCCGAAAAGCUUUAUUCGACUGAAUGAUUUUAAAGUACACCAGCGCACUCAUACAGGAGAGAGACCAUACCACUGCUCCAAAUGUUCUAAGAGUUUCUUUCGGAACCAUGAGCUUACAGUGCACCAACAAGUUCACUCAGGAGAGAGACCAUACCACUGCUCCAAAUGUCAGAAAAGUUUCAAGCGAGCUUCACACCUGAAGUCACACCAGUUUGUCCAUACUAGAGAAAGGAAAUUCAAAUGUCCUGAUUGUGAGAAAAGCUUUUCCCAUUCAAAUACUCUGACAAUCCAUCAGCGAAUUCAUACAGGAGAAAGACCAUACCAUUGCACUCAAUGCUCAAAGAAAUUCACUUCCUCUGGAGAUCUAACAAAACACCAGCGGAUUCACACAGGAGAAAAAUCAUACAAAUGCUCUCUGUGUGACAAGAGCUUUCGUUUAUCAACCACACUAAAAAUUCAUCAGAAAAUCCACACUGGAGAGAAACCAUUUCACUGCACGCAGUGUGGGAAAAAGUUUGCCAGAAGAGGCAAUUUAAAAUUACACCAGGAAACACACACUGACAAAAGACCCCACAAGUGCUGUUAUUGUGGGAGGAGGUUUCGAACCUCCGGCACCCUGAGAUUGCAUCAGCAGAUUCAUUCCACAGAGGGCCCUUAUGACUGCACUCAGUGUGGGAAGAGUUUCAUUCGGAGAGACACCUUUAAAAGACACCAGCAGAUUCAUUCAGGAGAAAAAUCAUUUACCUGCUCUGUGUGUAGCAAGAGCCUCAGCAGUGUCAGUAGUCUUAAAUUACACCUGCAAAAUCAUAAAGAAAAGAGGUUAUUUAACUGCUCCCACUGUGAGAAAAAGUUCAGUUCUUUAGCCUACCUUAAAAAACACCAGCGGAUUCACACAGGAGAAAAACCAUACCUUUGCUCCCAGUGUGGAGAGAGUUUCUUUUCCUCCAGCAGCCUUCUGACACAUCAGCUGAAUCACAGUGGAGAGAGACUGCACAAAUGCACCCAUUGUGGGAAGUCAUUCAGUCAGCAGAUGUACCUCAGACGGCACCAGCGGAUUCACACAGGAGAGAAACCACACCUCUGCACAGACUGUGGAAGAAGCUUCAUUAGGAAAGAUCAGCUCAGGUCGCAUCUGCGAACUCACUUAAAGAAGGACUGAAUAAAUGCUGCAGAUAGUGAGAAUGUGCUGAAGCACAGCCAGGGACAUGUUGCGUUUUUCAGUGUACAGAAGAUGGGUUAAUGAGCUGGGAGAACUUGAGUUGGGGAAACUUUGUGCAAUAUUACAGCAU